UUGGAAUUUUUUUGGACUUUUUAUUUAUUUCUUUAAGAAAAAAUUAUAAGUGCAUGGUGAGUUUGAUUCCCAUUUUGCUAGCCAUGCUAGCAUGUUGAAACAUUCUUCUUUUCAUUGAUAACAUUUUUUUUUGUGUGUCCUUGCUUACAUUCAAGCACAUACCAGGGAGAGGAAGAAGCAAUCGUAGCAAGAAGAGGAAGAAGAGAAAGGAUGUUCGUUUGAUGAAGUGCCUGUUGUCAUCGCGUUGUUCUGGGCUGUCAGUGUCGGAGUGGCGCAAGGAGGUAGAGGAACGGGGAGGGCUGCGGCAGACGUGUUCGGCUUCGACGAGUUCUUGAUUGCUGCCGGGAGGAUUUGAAAAGCGGCGGUGGCGGCAGCGGUGGCGCAAUGCUGGCCUGGCACGCUCUGCUCCUGAUGACGCUGCUGAGCCCAGGAUCGCAAGGCAACUUGUUGGACAGCUUGCUGCUGAGGAGUGGCUGGAAGCAGGAGUCGGAGCGGAGGGCCGAGGGGAGCAGCAGCAGCAGCAGCAACAACAGCAGCAGCAGUCGUGGGGCCGCCGUUAUGGCCCAAAACAUGUUGCGGUGUCACUGCACCCACCAGUGCCCCGAAGACUCCUCGAACAACAGUUGCACGACGGAUGGUUUCUGCUUCACCAUGGUGGAGGAGGAAGAGGAGGGCGGUCUGGCCGUCUUCACGUCAGGCUGCCUGGGACUGGCUGGGUCGAAGUUCCAAUGCAGAGAUACGGCGAACCCUCGCUUCCGGAGAGCUCUGGAAUGCUGCACGGAUCGGGACUAUUGCAACCGUAACCUUCACCCGACUCUUCCUCCCUUGCGGACCUCAGAUUAUGUGGACAGCGGUUCUCAUUACUUGGCUCUCCUCAUUUCCAGUACGGUCUGCGGCAUUUUCGUGGUCAUCGUCUUCAUCAUCUGCUGCGUCAGGUACAAGCGGCAGGAGUCGCAGCCGCGCUACAGCAUCAACCUGGAACAGGGCGACUCUUACAUCCCCCCGGGGGAGUCACUCAAAGACCUCAUCGAACAUUCCCACAGCGUCGGCUCUGGUUCGGGCUCAGGGCUCCCCCUACUGGUUCAGCGCACCAUCGCCAAGCAGAUUCAAAUGGUGAAGCAGAUCGGGAAGGGGCGCUACGGGGAUGUGUGGAUGGGCAAGUGGCGAGGAGAGCGAGUGGCCGUCAAGGUGUUCUUCACCACCGAGGAAGAGAGCUGGUUCCGGGAGACGGAAAUCUACCAGACCUUCCUCAUGCGACACGACAACAUUCUGGGCUUCAUAGCGGCCGACAUUAAGGGCACGGGCUCAUGGACGCAGUUGUACCUGAUCACCGACUACCACGAGAACGGCUCGCUCUACGACUACCUCAAAUGCAACACGCUGGAUGCCAGGGCUCUGCUCAAGCUGGCCUACUCGUCCAUAUCGGGCCUGUGCCACCUGCACACCGAGAUUUACGGCACGCAAGGCAAGCCGGCCAUCGCCCACAGAGACCUCAAGAGCAAGAACGUCCUGGUCAAGAGGAACGGGACAUGCUGCAUCGCGGACCUUGGCCUGGCUGUCAAGUUUAACAGCGACACCAAUGAGGUGGAUGUGCCGCCCAAUCUGCGGGUGGGCACCAAACGUUACAUGCCUCCCGAGGUCCUGGACGAGACCUUGAACAGGACUCACUUCCAGUCCUUCAUCAUGGCCGACAUGUACAGCUUUGGCCUCAUCGUGUGGGAGAUAGCCCGACGCUGCGUGUCUGGAGGCAUCGUGGAGGACUACCAGCUACCCUAUUAUGACCUGGUGCCUUCCGACCCCUCUUAUGACGAUAUGAGGAAGGUGGUCUGCCUCAAGCAACAAAGACCGGCGUUUGCCAGCAGCUGGGCCACUGAUGAGUGUUUACAUCCGAUGGCAAAACUGAUGUCGGAAUGCUGGUCACACAAGCCGGCUUCUCGCCUCACCGCCUUGCGGGUGAAGAAGACCCUCGCCAGGAUGUUGGAGUCUCAGGACAUCAAGCCUUGACACACGUACGCGCACACAAGAACCAUACUACUAAGACCCAUUGGACAGGGGGAGGAGUUAACUUGCCUUUGUGUUGAUACCAUUGUGCUUUCUAUGAAAGCUGAGUGGCUCUUCAGGGGAGCCAGGGGGGAUACCAACCCCUUCCUCGACAGCCAGGCACCCGUAUUUAUAUGUGCAGUCUUUUGUACUGUUGAUUUUGUCUAGCCUAGGAACAUAAUGCUCAGUGACCUCAUUAGGGUCAUGAUCAGUUGGAUUAAAUUAAUUGAAAAGUAAA